AUGAAGUUUAACAAACAAAAAUCAUCUUCCCGAAGAAAAAUGAGGAAAGCUCAUUUUACUGCUCCCGCAGGUCUAAGAAGAAAAAUUAUGUCAUCAAAAUUAUCAAAAGAAUUAAGAUUAAAAUAUAAGACACGAUCGUUACCUGUUAGAAAAGACGAUGAGGUUCUCAUAUGCAGAGGACACAACCACGGAAGAGAAGGAAAAGUUGUAAAAAUUAACAGAAAGAGAUAUAAGAUUUAUGUAGAAAGAGUUACAAGAGAAAAAGUAAAUGGAGAAUCAACUUUUAUUGGUAUUCAUCCAAGUAAUGUUGUAUUAACCAAAUUAAAGGUUGAUAAAAAUCGUAAAAAAAUUUUAGAUAGAAAAGCUGCAAAGGAAAAUUAA